GUCAGCGUUAGUUUGGAGAUGCUCCUGAUGACUCCGCUAUGGCGUGCCAGCUACGGGCCUUGUGGGUCUUCCACCUGGAGUCUGAGGUGCGCCUGCUCACCAGCCGCCGGUUUCCGACCGUGGAGAGGAAAUUGCAGCGGCUUCAAGGCAUGGCUGCACACCUUGCGUACGCGGCAAUGGAUCUCAAGAGGCUCCUAGCGACCGCAACAAAUAUCCACGGAUAGCCUGGCAGACACGCUAAGCAAUGCCGACAUCAGGAUUUGCACACUCUCCUUGUGCCGGACGGACAGGUGACAGCCACGUCCCCCUGCCAUGUGAUGAAGACAUCAGCCACCUCUUCAUUUCAGAGGUGCUGGAAGAGCAAGAAGAUCAUACCCUGCCACCUGACUUGCCGGAGCCAUUUCACGAGGACUUUCGGCAGGGCUCCUUCAGCUGGGACCCGACCGAGGAGUCGCGCGUUGAGAAGCUGUGGCCAAUGGGCCCGAUGACAGCGUUGAUGAAGGGGAAGAUAUGGCCGGUGGUAUUCCUUCACAAAAAAGGCUACUACCUCGUCACAGCCGUGGCUAUCAUGGAGCGAUCGUUGGGCAAAAGAGGCAGGAGUGAUAGCAACGGGCACGGAGUUGCCGCAGCUGGCCCAGGUGAGCGUGCCUGUGCCUUGGAGCUGCCCCAAGUCACUGCUGCCUUUGCUGUGCUGGAGGACAUAUGUGAUUUCAUUCCAGCGAGCCUCUCAAUUUCCGAUGUGACCGGCAUCUCUGAGCUGCAGUACUACAUUCGCAGUGCCCUUCCUUUCGGCAGCCCUGUCAACACCAACUUCCACUUGCUGCGCAUGGUGCGGCACGGCUUUCCCAACAAGGAGGACGACACAAGCCAAAGGAGUCCUGCUUGGAAGCCCUACUUGUACAAGGGGAAGUCUAAGCUUACUCUGUCUGUCGUGGAGACUAUCAAUUGCACCCUCUACGGCAAGUCAGAGUAUCACGAUGAGUGCUUCAUCCAGGGCACAGUGUACUGCUGCGCAGACAUUGCCGGAGUGCCAGAAGUGUGUGUGCCCAUCUCCUUCCAAGCCGUGCCGGGAGCUGCACCAGUCGCAGUCGAGGCUGGCCAGGACACAGCGCCGGUUUCUCCAGAAAUCAGCGUGCACAACUGUGCGCACAUCAUUGGAGGCAUAAAGUCUGCCAAGGAGGACUCACUGAAGAUUUCCUGCCAGCCACCAACUGGGCCCUUCGUACUUUGCAGAUACAACUUCCGUCAGAGUCCAGUGGUACCUGUGCGUGGCUUCUACCAGCUGAAAGAGCUUUCUCCUGUCGAAUUCCGCCUUCUACUGCAGGUGCAGCUACAUCCACUUGUGUCGCCUAGCAGCGGCGGCUCAUGGAACUGUCAAGUCAGGCUGCCGUUUGAUCACCGCGGGGUCAUUCGCUCGCAUGACUUGAAGUGCACCUGUGGCAGCUUCUCCUUGGCGGAUCACAGCCGCAGCAUUGUGUGGAAUCUGAAUGUGCGCAGACCACGAGGCACGCUGGAAGCAAACCUUCUUGGCGAGCUUAUCUUCGAGGCGCCGCAGAAAGUGCAACAGGAGCAGCAGAUCAAGCGUGAACAGCAGCCGCAGCAACAACAGCAGCAACUGCAGCAUCAGCAGAAGCCAUCGCAGCAGCUGCAGCCACAGCAGCCGCAGCCGCAGCAGCCGCUGUCGUCACAGCCUCAGCAGCCUCAGCAGCAACAGGGCCAGCAAGGGCAAACUCAGCAGCCAACUGGGCAGCCAGCCCAGCAGGUGCAGGCAGCCCAGCCGGCUCAGCCGCAGCAUGAGGCAGAUGCACAGCCUGGAGAUGUGAAGGAGGGCUCGCAACCUGAAGGGGCAGCACUUGCAGGGGAGGAGGGCGACGAGCCCAAGACUGCAGAAAGCUGCGCGGACGAUGCUGCAGCCGCACGAUCUGGCGUGGACAUGCUUCUGGCAGCAGGGAUUGCGCACGCCGAGGGGGCUGCAUCCCAACUAGAGGAAGAGCAAGACAUGGAGCCCUCCUUGGGAGUUGCGUCCGAAGAACGGCCGGACGAGGGUGGCAAGAUGAUGGGUGCCCCGCAUCAGCUCCAGCGUGCAGGCCAAGACACUGAAGCAGAGCGGGGGCAGGACGAACACGUGGGCUUGGCAGCCACAAGUUUGGUCAUCGCUGCUGUGGGUGCGCCGGCCAAAGCUGCGCUGACGCCCAGCUUGGGGAGCACGCAAGGUGCGGCUCCAACGGUGAGCACCAGUUCUGCUCCAAGCAACGCAGCACUGACUGCACCUGAUCCUUUCCUGAUGGGUGUCAACUGUUACGCCGAAGUCUUUCUCGAGGUGCCUGACGUGGCCCUUUCUGGGAUCAAUAUUGAUCCCAAAGCAGUCACGGUCUACCCAACCACGAGAGUAUACGGCGGCGUUGCUGUGCAGAAGGAAUUUCUCACAGGGAAGUACAUCAUCUGGAAUAUGGCCGGCGAGGUGCGAGGCCACUACAAUGGCUUGGAGUUUGAUGCAGAAACAUGACUCUCAUUUACAACCUGGUUGGAGCGUGAGCCAAAGCAAGGGAGGGCGCUGCCA